AUGGCCUCGGUGGAAAUCCUGGGAUCAGGGAUUUGUGGAGAAUUCUUCCUGAUGGACAUCGGAGCCGUCAUGACGUACCCCAAACCACACAGAGAGGCAGCCGGGAGCCCAGUUUUCUCCUCCCAAUCCCAAGAUCUUGAAGAUCCCCUGAAGACAGAAAAGGACGAGCAAGAGUCCGAGUCGGAAAACAAGCUCGAUGGGGAGACGGCGUCCGACAGCGAGAGCAAGUCGGAAUUCGGAGGCUCGGCCCCGGUGCCCACGUCCGACGACACUCCGGAGGUCCUGAACAGGGCCCUCUCCAACCUGUCCUCAAGAUGGAAGAAUUGGUGGGUGAGAGGCAUCCUCACGCUGGCGAUGAUCACCUUCUUCUUCAUCAUCAUCUACCUGGGGCCCAUGGUGUUAAUGAUGAUAGUGAUGUGCGUCCAGAUCAAGUGUUUCCACGAGAUCAUCACCAUCGGCUACAACGUGUAUCACUCGUACGACCUGCCCUGGUUCAGGACCCUCAGCUGGUACUUCCUGCUCUGCGUAAACUACUUCUUCUAUGGCGAGACCGUCACGGAUUAUUUCUUCACCCUGGUGCAGAGAGAGGAGCCCUUGCGAAUUCUCAGCAAAUACCACCGCUUCAUUUCUUUUGCUCUGUACUUGACAGGUUUCUGCAUGUUUGUCUUGAGUCUGGUGAAGAAACACUAUCGCCUGCAGUUCUACAUGUUUGGAUGGACCCACGUGACGUUGCUCAUCGUUGUGACCCAGUCGCACCUCAUCAUUCACAACCUCUUUGAAGGAAUGAUUUGGUUCAUCGUCCCGAUUUCCUGCGUGAUCUGCAACGACAUCAUGGCCUACAUGUUCGGGUUCUUCUUCGGCCGCACGCCGCUCAUCAAGCUCUCCCCAAAGAAGACCUGGGAAGGUUUUAUCGGAGGGUUUUUUGCCACCGUUUUGUUUGGAUUGCUGCUCUCGUACGUGAUGUCCGGCUACCGGUGCUUCACCUGCCCCGUGGAGUUCAACAACGACACCAACAGCUUCACGGUGGACUGUGAGCCCUCCGAGCUGUUCCAGCUGCAGGAAUACACCGUCCCCGCGGUGCUGCAGUCCGCGCUCGGCUGGAAGACGGUCCGGAUGUAUCCCUUCCAAAUCCACAGCAUCGCCCUGUCCACUUUCGCCUCCCUCAUUGGGCCCUUUGGAGGCUUCUUUGCGAGUGGAUUUAAGAGGGCCUUCAAAAUCAAGGACUUUGCCAACACGAUCCCAGGCCACGGAGGAAUCAUGGACCGCUUUGACUGUCAGUACCUGAUGGCCACCUUCGUUAACGUGUACAUCGCCAGCUUCAUCAGAGGUCCGAACCCGAGCAAACUGAUCCAGCAGUUCCUAACCCUGCGGCCCGACCAGCAGCUCCACAUCUUCAACACGCUGAAAGCGCAUCUUGUCGACAAGGGGAUGUUAGGUGGCUUGGAGGACGCGUAGACGUCCGGGCAAUUGGAACAGGACUGA